UAGCACUGUUUCUAUUUAUGCCGUACUGUUUGUGCCUAUUUGAUAUCCAUAUUAAGACACUUCACCAUUCCUCGCAGGUUCCCCGAGUAUGCCUAAGCGCCGUCCAAGGCUGCGCAGUCAUGAACGUCUCCGGGGCCAUUCGGUCAAUUGCGCUUCGACGCAACUUGGAUGCCAUGUCAAUUUUUUAUGAAGAACGUAGUGCCGUUAGUAAACGUUUUCACUUGAAAUUGCUUGGGGUGGCGAUGCCUGGGCUGAGUUUUUUCUUUCGAGGUUUAAUUCUCGACACCUGCGAGCACUUUUGUAUCGAAUUCUUGACGAACCGAAGCCAUUCAGAUGGCUAUGAUGUGGCCCUUCAGAUGGGAGCGCGUCUACCCCAGAACUACGUCGUGCGGAACUCGCGCUUCAAGGGCAAGUGGGGGCCGGAGGAAUGCGCAUCCAAUUUGCCGUUCCAGCUAAAACGCGGCCAUACCUUCUGGAUGCAAGUGCUCCUGACUGCCGAGGCGUACUUCAUAUCGGUGAACGGCUUUCACUUCGCGGAAUAUGAGCAUCGCAUGCCGUACAGGUGGUUAUCUUCUGUAGAGGUGCGUGGUGACGUCACAGACAUAGUAAUCGACCAAUAUUAUGUAACAGAAUAUCCGAAUCGUCUCCCCGCCUCAAUGGCCAGCCCACUGCCAUUCGUUUACGAGUCGUGCAUUACGAAUUCGAUGAAUGAGACUGAAAGAAGCACGAUACCCCGUGAGUGGCUGCGCAUCGAUGUGCCUUCCAAGUACCUCAAACUGAAACGGCAGUUACAUAAUCAGCUCACCCUGCCCUUCUACGGACGAAUGCCUCAGAAGGACAAAUUGACCGAGGGUCGUGCUCUUCGUAUUGAGGGCCGCGUGCGGCUGCUGCCUCAGUCCUUUAGCGUGGCCCUCCAGCGCGGCCAGGACAUUUGGCCUCAGCCCACGGUGUCCUUCUACUUUUGUCCGAGCUUUGCCCGCCACAGCCGCGCCAAGCUGGGCAAGGCGAUCAUAACGCGCAGUGCAUACAUCAACGGGGCAUGGGUUAAGCGCGAAGUGUCCCGGCUCCAUACAAACUUCGGGCCGGGGAAGGCAUUUGUUAUACUUAUUGCCUGCCGGAGGAAUGGCUACGAAUUGUUUGUGAACAACAAAUCGCUCUUGCGCUUCAAGCAUCAAAUGAAUCCCGCCGGAGUGGACAUUGUGAAUAUACGCGGGGACAUCAAACUGUGGGAUGUUGUAGUCGAAAGCACUAGACUGAUUCAGGGAAGAACGGCUCGCUCCAUCUUUGAACGGGCCUUUGGAACUCUACGUCCAGGGCGCAGCGAGUGAAGGAGAGAUAUGGAGACGAAAUAAGUGUCUGUGCCUUGUUUCUCAGUCCACUUCGUACUAUGUGUAUGUAUGUACGAGUAUGCAGGUAUAUUGAUUCACCUGCGAACGCAAAGACGGAACCUCCCGAAAGGCUCGAUGUAAAAAUUUAUAGGAAUCUUCAUGUUUAUGGUCAACACACACUACUUGUACGCGAGUAUGUAAGACAAAUAAAAGGUUCUAUCGCCUGCCAGUCUCGGCUAGCAGA